AAAAGAAAAUUACAUCAGAUUGACACAACACGGGGCCGCCCCACCAAUGUGAUCUGGUACCGCUGUUUUGCUUCGCCAAGGCUGACUCCACCCUUCUUCUUCUACUACUACUUCUUCUUCUUCUUCUUCUUCUUCUUCUUCUUCUUCUUCUUUUUUCUUUUUUCAUCCGACUUUCAGUGCGACAUGUUCGUCGGCAACUCUUUCAGGCCACCGCGUUCAUCGGACACCCAAUCGAUAGAUCCCUCUUACUUUCCCCAAUUUCAGAUCGUUCUAUUUGGCGGUUGGAAUGAAAUUCAGAUCGUUCGUGGUGGUUAUUGGUGAUUUGAUUACUGUUGGGUUUCUGUGAAUUGGGUUUAUUGGUUUUCUUAAUCUGUUUGCUGAGAACUGCGAGAACUUCUCUAAUUUGGAUCGGAAUUUGUUCCCUGGGUAUUGGGAAGAUAAUCAAAGGCCGCCAGGAUAUUGCAUUUUGAGAUUGGUGGUCUUUAUUGGUACAGCUUGUUGAUUAUUCUUUUGUUUUAAAUUUAAAAAUAUCGAUUUUUGCUGACAUUGACAAACAAAGUUUCUUUGUAAUACCUUAUUUGGAGGAGAUGGAGGAUGAAGAAGUAAGUUACUCUUCAAGUGUAGAUUUGAUAGAAAAAACACUUGAUGGUUCACAGCGCCGGCUUAUAUCGACUGAUUCUCUACUGCCUGGCCUCAAUGAUGAUGCAGCAAUGAAUUGCUUUGCAUACGUUCGAAGGUCAGAUUAUGCUUCUUUAUCAUGUGUUAAUACAAGGUUUAACAAGCAGAUUAGAAGUGGUGCCUUGGCUGAGUUGAGGAAGAAGAUAGGGAUUGUGGAGCAUUGGGUGUAUCUGGUUUGUGAUCUAAAGGAGUGGGAGGCGUUUGAUCCUGAUAGAAAUAAAUGGAUGGCAUUACCUAAGAUGCCAUGUGAUGAGUGUUUCAACCAUGCUGAUAAGGAGUCCUUAGCAGUAGGCAGCGAGUUAUUGGUUUUUGGUCGGGAGUUUUACGAUUUUGCUAUAUGGAAAUAUGCGUUUUUUUCUCAUUCUUGGGUGAAAUGUCGAGGAAUGAACCAGCCUCGUUGUUUGUUUGGAUCAGGCAGCCUUGGUUCAAUAGCCAUUGUAGCAGGUGGGAGUGAUAAAAAGGGGAAUGUUCUAAAAUCAGCCGAGUUAUAUGACUCAUCAAAGGGUCGGUGGGAAAUGUUGCCUGACAUGCAUGUCCCACGUCGCUCAUGUUCCGGUUUCUUCAUGAACGAGAAAUUCUACGUGAUUGGUGGGAUGUCGAGUCCUACAGUAUCACUAACAUGUGGAGAGGAGUAUGAUUUAAAGAAGAGAAAGUGGAGAAAAAUAGAAGGUAUGUAUCCGUACGUGAAUCAAGGCGCUCAGGCUCCUCCUCUAGUUGCAGUUGUGGAGAAUGAACUAUAUGCAGUGGAGCAUUUAACAAACAUGGUUAUGAAGUAUGAAAAAGUGGGGAACACAUGGAAUGUGUUGGGGAGACUUCCAGUGAGAGCAGAUUCUUCAAAUGGAUGGGGACUUGCUUUCAAAGCUUGUGGGAAAAAGCUUGUGGUUGUAGGAGGACAAAGAGGCCCAGAAGGUGAAUCCAUUGUGCUAAGUUCAUGGUGUCCAAAGUCAGGAGUCAAUAAUGGGAUUUUGGAUUGGAAGAUAGUAGGAGUGAAGGAACAUGUUGGGGUUUUUGUCUACAACUGUGCAGUUAUGGGCUGUUGAAGGAAGAAUCAUUUAUAACUUUGAUUUGACAGAAGCUAGUUUUUUUUUUUUUUUUUUUUGGUUUCUCUUCUACAAAGGGAUUUUCUUAGUUUUUGGUUUUCAUAACUGUAGUUAAUAAUUGUUUACAUAGUUUCACUCUUUUCUGGAUUUGGCUUUUACUCAAUAUAUGGAAUUACAUUAUCUCC